UGUAUGGGUGUACUCGUAAAUACCUCCCGAUGUAUCCGGCUAGUCUUUCUCUGCCUCCCCCACCCCAGUUUGCAGUUAUCCCACACAGCGUUCGGAUAUCUUAUCUUAUCCGUAACUUUGUACCUUCACACCACCGCAUGGGAGACUUAUCGAUGAAAAAUAUUCCGACCAGGCUUUGCGAUAACAGCAGCGAGCAGCACGCAGCCCAGCCGAAUCAGACGACACACGACCCCGGCGAUAAGCCAUUGGACUCUGGAGAGCUUGUCUCACUGUCCGAGUGUUCGAGACCUUUGAGCAGACCAUCAGUGUCGACCCCGGAUUCGAGUACCUAACCGUGGGGUUCAUUGGAGGACGAAAACUGCAUUGCGUGUUUCCAUGCAGUAUCUCACUCAUCCCAGACGCACAGAGACAACCACUCGGCCGGGCCUAGGUACCUUUACCGACUGACAGGUCCAUGACACUCGCUUGCAGCUCAGCUCAGUCGUGAUUGAUCAGCCUCAUGGCUACCGUGCCAUAGCCGCUCACUCAGUCCAAGUACGUUUGACGUAUCUGAAAGAGAGAAAACGGAGGGCACUCACACGAAAAUCUUCCAUCAUCGGCGGCGGGGAAGUCUUCCCUUUUAUUCCCAUUCUGGCAGCACCUCGCGCAUCAUCGUAUACGACUCCCAGUCCCCCCGUCUUUCAUGCUGUGUGUCACUGCUUUUACGUGACCACUUCCCCUUCCACCAAACAACCUUCCUACUCCAUACUACGUACCUCACCAAUCUCGAAUUUCACUUCUCGCACAACUCGGCACUAUCUGUCGCCUGACACAACCCAAUUUGAUCACAACCUUUUGCGUAACCCUUCACCCCCCCUUAUCUUUACCUUACACUCGCGCACGCAGCGCACGCACGCCCCCGCGCUCCUCGGCUCGGCUGUCGCCCGGUUCCGCCCGCCCGCCCGUCAUGGACAUGGACACCACACCGGCGCCCUACGGCGACCCCGCCACCGCCGGCCCGGGUUCAACGACCAUGCCGGCCUCCUCGCCUUCAGCCAACAUCCCUUCCUUCGAGGCACACCCCUCUGCAGCAGCCGCCGUCGGCCAAACGGCGGCACAAGCAGCACUGGGCGCCUCCAAUGCCGCAGCCACCGCCCAGAGUCGACCCUGUGACAUAUGUCGUCAGCGCAAGACGCGCUGCGUCCGCGAGGAGGGCCGUGAUAAGUGCGUCAUGUGCUCCUUUCACGGCCAGCCGUGCACAUAUCUCCGCGGACCGCUCCCGCGCAAGCGCCGGAAGGCUACCGAUCCCCCGGAACAUCGCCCAUCAACCAAUGGCUCCGUCUCUGCAACCUCGGGUCCUCCACCUGCUCCCGUCCCGCUGGAUCCCCAGGAUGAGAUAACGCAUCCGUCUCCCGAACUGCUUGAGGCCCUGUCACCUUCUCUCGCCGGUUCAGAACACCACGUAACAUUCAACCAGCCCGUCUCCCUCCUAGACGGCACCCUCGGCCUCCAUCUCAAGACCCAUUCCCAAUACGUCGGCAAUACAGACUACCGGGAGCCCUCCCUUCUGGACCUCCAUCGUCCCCAAGACCCGGCCGUCAGGUUCGUCCGCCGCCUCGACGACUCAACCGUCUUCCUCAUCCACCGCGACCGCGAAACCUCGUCUGAACCCCAACGAAUAGCCGACCUCGACGCCAUAGAAAAGGUCGUCCACCCACUCGGCUCGACCCUCGUCAACCUCUACUUCCGCAUCGUCCACCCUAGCUUCCCCAUCCUCCACAAAAAGGUCUUUUUAGAGAAAUAUGCCCGCUCUUACCAUGAGUUCUCCCCGCCCCUCCUCGCCGCCGUCUACCUCCUGGCCCUCGACUGGUCCUUGUACGACCGCACCCUCGCCACCUCCUCAUGGCAGCCCGACCAGGCCGCCCUCGAGGCCCUCGCCCUCCGCACAAUGAGCGACGACAUGAAGCGCCCCAAGAUCUCCACCCUCCAAGCCGGCCUCCUCAUCCAGCAGCGCUUCCGCAAUAACACAUGGACCUUCACCGCCCAGCUCAUCGCCCUCGGCCAGGGGCUCGGCCUCCACGUCGACUGCAGCGACUGGGCCAUCCCGGACUGGGAAAAGGGCCUGCGCCGCCGCCUCGCCUGGGCUCUGUUUAUGCAAGACAAAUGGGGCGCCCUCGUCCACGGCCGGCCCUCGCACAUCCGCCUCGACGAGGACUGGGACGUCCGGCCGUGCUGUAUCGAGGAUUUCCCCGAGAAUGCCGCCGACGAGGAGCACGACCCCGAGGGCAGCGCCGAGGUCGUUGUCGGGCGUGAGCUGUUCCUGCGGCAGAUUGAGCUGUCUCUCAUCCUCAGUGACGUGCUCGGCACGUUUUACACGGCCAAGGCGACCCGCCGCGGUGGCACCCUCGACCAGGUCGGCACCGUGGGCGUCGCCGAGCUCGCGAAGCCCAUCGUCAUGAUGCUACGGGAGUGGUACGCAAAACUUCCCGAAGCCCUACAGCUUCAAGAAACGCGUCUCAAGAAGCUCUCUGCAAAUGGCUCCCUCCACCUCUCUUACAUUUCAAUAGACCUCGCCCUGCACCGCUCCCUCGUCCGCAACGUCUCCUCCAACGCGCCCGACUCCCUCCGCCACGCCAUCCGCACCGGCGCCCGCGCCCGCCUCGCAAACGCCUCCAACAUCAUCUCCAACCUGCAAAUGGAGCACAUACAGUCCUUUUGGGGCUUCGCCGCCUCCGCCCAGCUCGCCGCCAUCGGCUCCUUCGCGGGGCUGCUGUGGGCCACCUCGGACGACGACGCCGAGGCCAUGUACUACGCCGACCGCGUCGAGGAGUACCUCUGGAGCCUGCGCGUCCGGGCCCAGGCGGCGCCGUUCGCGAGGGAGGCGCUGAGGAUGUUGGAGGCUGAUGUGGGCGGGUUGGGGGCUGUGAGGGCUUCUGCGGAGAUUAAGAUCUAAGGAGGAGCUGGAGGUGAGAUUUCUGACCUGGGCCGGGAAAAUACUUCGUUCCUUCUUACGGGUCAUGAGUUUAUGUAGAAAGUGGAAAUAUGUACAAUGAUUCUGGUUAUGGCUGGCGAAAUUUGGAUUGGGUAUAUCAAAAAAGGGGGGGAAAGGCGGCGAGGUGGGGAGAACACUUGCUUUUGGGUGUUUGUGUUACUCACAUAGUCUGCGUGUCUCUUGGAUACCCGUAAAUCAUUUCGAUAGAAGAGACGAGAGCUACUUGGGUG